AUGAGCAACUCCGACCUGCCCACCAGUCCCUUGGCCAUGGAAUAUGUUAAUGACUUCGAUCUGAUGAAGUUUGAAGUGAAAAAGGAGCCGGUGGAGCCCGAUCGCAACAUCAGCCAGUGCAGUCGCCUUAUCGCCGGGGGAUCGUUGUCUUCCACCCCGAUGAGCACGCCUUGCAGUUCGGUGCCCCCCUCUCCGAGCUUCUCUGCGCCCAGUCCGGGCUCGGGGAGCGAGCAGAAGACGCACAUAGAGGACUUCUACUGGAUGUCCGGUUAUCAACAGCAGCUUAACCCCGAGGCACUGGGCUUCAGCCCUGAGGACGCAGUUGAGGCUCUCAUCAACAGCAGUCACCAGCUCCAGUCUUUCGAUGGCUAUGCCAGGGGCCAGCAGUUCCCCGGAGCGGCCGGAGCGGGGGGCACCAUGGCCGGCGAGGAGAUGGGCUCUGCCGCGGCCGUGGUGUCAGCGGUGAUCGCCGCGGCAGCUGCACAGAACGGCGGACAACAUCACCAUCAUCACCACCACCACCACGCCGGGGCUCACCACCAGCAGCCCGGUGUCCAGUCCAGCAGCGCCUCGGGUCCGGGACACUCGCACAUGCGCAUCGAUGACCGCUUCUCCGAUGAUCAGCUUGUCACUAUGUCCGUGCGAGAGCUCAACCGGCAGUUACGGGGGGUCGCAAAAGAAGAAGUGAUCCGGUUGAAACAGAAGAGAAGAACCCUAAAGAACAGGGGCUACGCACAGUCCUGCCGCUACAAGCGUGUGCAGCAGCGGCACGUCCUGGAGGGAGAGAAGACGCAGCUCCUACAGCAAGUGGAGCACCUCAAACAAGAGAUCUCCAGGCUGGUCCGGGAGAGGGACGCGUACAAGGACAAGUACGAAAAACUCAUCAGCACCGGCUUCAGAGAAAACGGCUCGAGCAGUGACAACAAUCCCUCAUCCCCGGAGUUUUUCAUGUCAUCGAGAAAAUUCCUCCACCUGAGUCUCAGCAUGGAGCCCCUCUUUCGCUCCGAGAGGCUCCGCGUUAAGUGCUUAGUCAGCCCCGCUCUGCUGAGAUACUGUUGUCGAAUCUCCAGUGAAGUGUCACGAGGCCGGACUGAUGAAUACACGGUCCGGGCCGGGAGGCAGGGGACGCCCACGAUGGCAGAGCAGGCUGCACAAGCUCAGCGUGCAUGA